CAGAUAAUUCACAGUUGGCGUCAGCGCGCUUUGGAGGCUCUCUCCCUUGGCCGCCAGGACUACAAGGCGCUGAAGUCGGGCAUGGCUUUGAACCUGUCGGCCGAGCCGUUCCGCGGCCUGAAGUCCCAGCUUCCCCAUCACCUCCGCGGCCAAGAAGACGGCCCCGCUGCCUACUUUCCGGGCUCGCUUCAGCAGCAGUCGGCUGAAACGGCGAGCUCUUCGCUUAAGCUGGCUGCCCCGGAGUUGGAGCGCCUUAUCGUUCAGAACAGCAACGGCGUGAUCACCACCACUCCCACGCCGACGGGACAAUACUACUAUCCGCGGGGAGCCACCGAAGAGCAGGAAGGCUUCGCUGACGGUUUCGUCAAGGCGCUGGACGAUCUCCAUAAGAUGAACCACAUGCCACCCCCCAAUGUCUCGAUCGGGGCCGCGGUAGCAGCUUCGUCGGCCAGCAGCGGCUACGGUGCCUCCCUUCCCCAGGAGCCGCCUCCUGUCUACACCAACUUGACCAGCUAUAACCCUCCCGGCGCCCUGAGUACCACCUCCAGCUUCCCCAGUGCCAACCUGAGCUACAUGCCGCAGCCUCACGGCCUAGCUUUGCCCCACCCCACGCGGGGUUUCAAAGAGGAGCCCCAGACAGUGCCGGAUGUGCAAAGCCCGCCCGUGUCUCCCAUUAACAUGGAAGACCAGGAGCGCAUCAAGGUGGAGAGGAAACGGCUGCGCAACCGCCUGGCCGCCACCAAAUGCAGGAAGAGGAAGCUGGAGCGCAUCGCUCGGCUGGAGGACAAGGUGAAGAGCUUAAAGAACGAGAACGCGGGACUGUCUAACACUGCCAGCGCGCUCCGAGACCAGGUCGCGCAGCUGAAGCAGAAAGUAAUGAACCACGUGAACAACGGCUGCCAGCUCCUCUUGACAACCAAGAUGCAGCAGUCUUUCUGAGGCGGUGAGGGACCAAACCAAUCGCCGUCUUCUCAAAGACUUUUUCUGCCGUGAGAAAGGGAAGCGGACUUGUCACGCAAAAGUUUACAUGGAGCCGGACUGACGUUAGGCGUCUCUGUUCCCAAGUCCGUGUUUCCUAGUUACGUCUGUGACUCAGUCUGGUGGAUCCAGAACUUCGAUCUGUGCUGAGUGUGUACAAGGUUUUUUUUAUAGCUGUCUGUGAGCGUGAUUUCGUAUGUGUGUGUAUUUAAAAGAAACGCGUUUCUCUCGCUCUCGUGCUCUCGGCUGCAUCGCUGGAUGGUGCAGUGGAACUGGAGGUACUCGAGACGGAGUCCAGAAAACUGGCCUUUUGGUCUCGUCCAUGCCAGUAGAAAAAGAAAUGGACUUAAUUUAAUUUAUAA